AUGAAACACUCUUUAUAUUUUGUAUCCUCUAAGUAGUAAUCGUUUUGGAAUAGAGAUUUAAAUGCCUUAGUUAAUUACGAUUUUCGUGAAUUGUCUGAAAAUUAAAAGACUAUCGUAUUGAUUAAACAAGGCCAAAUCCUCAAGAUGAUAACUCCUCGGAGAUACAAGAUUUAUAGACAGCACUUAUUCUAUUUUCGAAAGAGUGGUGAAAUUGGAGGCUUUCUCCUACUUAAAAAUGUAUAUUGUUCUUUUCGCAACAAAGACAAUACUAUUCUUAUUACUCUAUCUCAUGAGUUUUAGUAAAUAGUCCUACAAACCGGAAAUAAAUCGGAAGAAGUUGACAAUUUUAUUGUUGAAUUGAAACAGAAUUGCAUCCAAGAAUCAAUACCCCUUGCUUUCUAAUAUUUAAGGUAAAAAAUAGGGGAAGGUAUUACUUCAGAGGUAAUUUUUCAAGAUUAUUUGUUCUAGGUAUUUGUGAUAAAUCAUCUAAAUAAUGAAAAAUUUGCAAUUAAAAAAGUGAUAAAAGCCCCAUUAGGACACAAAAUGAGAGAGAAACAAGCAAAAAGUUUGGCUGAAGAAAUAUUUAUUAUGCGAAGUCUCGACAAUCCAAAUAUUCCGAAAUUAUAUGAAGUAUAUGAAAGUGAUGAUUCUGUAGAAUUAUUAAUGACUUAUUAUGAAGGUGGUCAUUUAUAUGAAAAGCUAUAGAAUUUUUCACUUAAACAAAAAUAACAAUUAGUAAGAGAUAUUCUAGAAACUAUGAAUUAUGUCCAUUCAUAAUAAAUUAUGCAUCGAGACUUGAAACCAUAAAAUAUCAUGUACAAAGACAAAGACCCUACCAGCACUGAUGUAGCCAUAAUUGAUUUCGGAUUUUCGACUAAUUAUAAAUAUUAAGAGCAUGUAUUAUAUAAUUGUGGUACUCCUGGAUAUGCAGCACCUGAAGUUCAGGAAUACAAGGAAAAAUAAAAAAUGUAUACCACUUAAUGUGAUGUUUUCAGUUUGGGUAUCAUAGUUUAUGAAAUUUUCUAUGGGGUUCACCCUUUUAAAUUAUCUAAUUCUGGCAGUCUUUGUUUCAAUGAGAAGAUCAAGUUGCCCUAAUCAUUAAAAAAUCUCAUUAUCUAAAUGACUCGAAUCUAACCUAAAUAUAGAUUCACAUUAAAGGAAUGUCUAGAACAAGACUUUUUUCGGGAAAGUCUAGAUUCUAAUUGCUUUGAUGAUUUGUUGAAAUUCAGUUUGGUCGAUUCAAUCUAUUAAAAAUCUUAGAAUGUUUCAAGAAAAAAUUCAAUAGAUCCCAUCAAAUAAGAAAAAUAAAAUAAAAAUGAAUCUGUUAAAAAUAAAACUAUUAAUUCUACUGUUGCUGAAUCCAGAAAUCUUCUUUUUAAAAGCUUUGGUCCUAUUGAACAACAACUACAAGAUGAUUUACAAUUCAGUGAGAAUCACAAUUUUCCAACUGACUAUAACAAUUUACUUUAAAAAAGAAUCUGA